AUGGCCACGGUGGACAUUCCCGUGACGCUGCUGGACAAGCUCAAAGCGUUCAGGAUGGGCAAGCGCAAUGCGGGAGCGGCAGCUUUGGUGGUCAAGAUUGACAAGAAAAAGUUGCAGAUGGAGAUGGAGGAAGAGUUUGAUGAUAUUGGGAUUGAAGAGUUGCAAGAAGGUGAGCGAACGAGCGAGCGAGCGAGCGCGGCAGCUUGUUUGUCUGGGUCAGCCUGCCCCGGACUGCAAGCACUUGUUCGAAGGCUUGGAUCAAGCGCGCAAAGCUGUGCUCGAGCGAAUAGACAGCAUCCUCGACGUGCUUCGACGUGGGCAUGGGCCUCGUUGAGUAGAGAGAGGUGCGCUCAAGAUGCACUGACUUGCUGCGACAGUCGCUCGAGACGAGCCUUGCGACCUUGCCAAUCCGGCAUGACACUGGAUUGACUGCAGGGCCACCUAGCUGACUCAGUCCACCAACCGCAUCAUCGCCUCAGAGCUUCCAGAGAACUCGCCUCGCUUUAUCGUGCUCUCCUACGAGCUCAAACAUCGGGAUGGGCGAACCUCAUAUGUGAGUGCUCGAUGGGACACGUGACGUACACAGCCUUCAAUGUUGGCUCUGCUCUUACACCUCGAUCCUUCGAACUGAACCUUUGCCACAGCCUCUGAUCAUCCUGUAGUAAGUUUUGCAUGUGCGGGCUCAGCUCACUGCCCCUCUCGCUCUGACGCAAACACUGCGCUACCGUCGCGUCGUCUCACAGUUGGGCCCCACCUACCUCUUCGACUGAAUUAUCGACCUUGUACGCUUCCGCCAUUUCACUCUUCAGCGUCAAAGCGGACAUUGCCAAGGUCGUGGAGCUGAGGGAAGGGACGCUUGAUAGAGAGGAGAUUGACAAGAAGCUUGGUGCAUGA